AUGAAAAGUAUACAAGUAAAUUCAAAACAAUGUUCUCGUGAGGAAGAAAAAGGAUUGAUGAUCAUCCUUAGAACUCGUUCUGAACAAAAGAGAAUAGAGCAAGACAGAGUCUCCUCGUCAGACGAUCCAGUUGACUAUCUUCAGAAUGCCGACCAAUCAAAGCCUAUGAACGAAAAAACAUAUCGCCUUCCAACAAUCAUGAGCUUAUUGAGUCAAAUGAUUGUUCAGAACUAUGAUAUUCAAUCAUACGAUGAUGAAACAAUUGUUUGUAAGGACAUGAUGGAUCUUUCUGAAAGAAUUCCUUCCGAGACUCAUUCGUGUGUAGAGUUGAGUUUUGAGUUGGAUAAUUUCCAAAGCGAGGAAACAGAUCCUUGGACUGAUGGAAGCUAUUUAGCUGGCAUUAAUGUUGUGGUAGGCCAUGAAGUCCGACAAUUCAAAACCUCGAUGAAACACAAUAAGCGCUUGGAUAAAUUCCUACUGCCUCACAAGAACCAACAAACCUUAGAUUCCUUCCUUCAUGGUGCGAAACGAAAAUUACAAGAAGAGAGUCAAAUGCAUUCAUCCUCUCCAACGAAUAUGAAAAGUCAGGAGAAGAAGCAAAAACUAAAUCACAUCUCUCCAGACUCGUCGUUCACAAUAGAAUCAGCAGAGCCAACACCUCCCCAAAGGCAAAAAACAAAACCUUCAUUACCUAGCAGGAAGCAGCAACACCCUUAUUUGAAGCGGGUGAGAGAAGCCUUGAAAAAUGUAAGAAACUUGAAAUCCAACACUACCUCCAACGUCUUGAAGUCUCCUCACAUCCCCAAUGACUGUGAUGAAGAAAAUUUUACGUUUCUGAAACUCGAUGCAGAUCUUGUGAGUAGAAUGUUCGGAUACAACUGCUCCACGAAUCAUUAA